GCUAAAUUAGCCUCCCGACUGAGUUGCAGAGUUUCUUUUUUUUUUGAUUUGACAUUGUUCAGUUUAAACUUUUAUUUCUCCUUAAACUUGUACCCUCGUGUACGAUUAUUGAAACCUUUCUUCGUCUACUUCAAACCUUUUUUUUUAUUUUGUUUUUGCAAUAACCAGACAAAACUAUCCAAGAUAACAUAAUGGCAGGAGGGAAUAAAAGCAAUUUCCAACCAAAAGAUGCUCGUGCUGUGAGUAUCCUUUAUUCUGAUGAAGAUGAAGACGACAUAAGCGACUUGUUUCCUCACGAAAAACCUAAAAGAAUGAUGACGGGGACUCAAGCCUUGGUUGAAUUUUUGAAAACCACCAGUCCAGAAGAAUUCCAAAGAACAUCAAGCACGCCUGCGGAGCAUAAGUCGAUGAAUAAUUUAUUUGCAAAAAUAAGGAGAGGGCCGAAAAGGAAUACAAAUACACAGCAACGACAGUCUUCAGCAAUGCCCAUACCCACAACUUCUUCCUCUGUGUCCACUCGUUCAACAGCAUCCUUACCUGUUCAUCAAAACAAUCUGUCCACCUUUUCAGGCUCUUCCGCUUCUACUAUAACAACAUCGAACCAUCCUCAUCAUUGGAUGCAUAGCAGUACGGGAAGUGAAAUAAGCAGCAAUGGCCAUACCAUUCAUCGAAAAAAAUACAUAGAAAUAGUACCUCAGCAUAACCCUACGGCUGCAAGGAAUCCUCGGUCCCCAUCUUAUGAUACAACAUCAAUCCAGUCAUUUGUGUUACGUAACAACAACAAUAAUACCACCAACUCAAUUAUUAACAGCAACAAUGCCACUAAUACGAACAGUACAAACCAAAAUGGAGGAGAGCCUAUUUUACCAAAUAAAAAGAGAGAGUCUAGUUUGUAUAGUGGAUCUUUACGUUAUUCAGUAUCCGUUCGAAGCCAGCUGAGCACAGCCACUUCAUCGAAUAACAAUAUCUAUACUAACGGUAAUAACCGACGUCACCUUAUUAGAGAUAGUAAUAGCAACGAUAACAGCAAUCACAUUGGUCAUCAUCAACAGCUCGAAAGUAAAGCAACGGAGGAUUAUUUGAUAGCAGCAGAUGGUUUGGAUACCAUUGAAGCAGCUUUAUUGCAGAGAUUAGAAAGAAUUAGAUUGGUUAAUGGAGAUAUUCCUAGUGAACAAGUAGCAGCAGGAUUAGCGGCAGAGCAUAUAAGAGCUUUGGGUAUUACUCAUGAUUUGGAAUAUCAACAUCAUCAGCACAGUGAAAAGAGAAAAGUACGGCAUAUGCAGGUCCAGACAGAGGAUAGCUUUAGCAAAAUGGUGGAUAGUAAAAAUACCAAUCAAAACAACAGUAACAAUGAUGAGCCUAUCACAACAGCAGCGUCUGAAACGAAUCAGGAUGAGCAUUUAAAUGCAGAAGUGAGAGCCAGAAGAGCAGAGGCAGCCUUAGAAAAUGCCCUGGAUAAUUUUGAAGUCAUUAGUGGAUUAGCUUAUAAGAAAUUACGCGAACUAUGGGAAGAGAAAAUGAGAUGGGAAAACGCAUGUAUGGAAUUAAGGGAUAGGUUACUUAUGCUAGAGCAGCAACAACAACGAAGAAUACACAAGCAAUCACAUCAACAGCAAGAAGCAGGAGCCGUCAAUGUGAAUGAUCAUUUACAUAAUGAAUACUUUUUAGAAGAAAACGAAGAUAUGGAAGAGGAAGAUGGCUUAGGUCUCUCUGAAUUCCCUUGCGAUGAAGAAGAAGAGGUGGCAUGAUACUUGUAAUUCUGUACUAAAACUCUUGAAAACCAUGAUAGUUCAUCUUAAUGAAAUAAGCUAUCUGGCGCCACUUUUUGAAAUUGAUAUGUUGAGGGU